AUGGCACCUCUUUGGACUCAUCCCAGCCCGCACCUCACACGCCUCGAUGCGUUCAGGCGACACAUCAACAAACAAUACAACGAGCACAUACGAGACUACACAUCACUGCACCGAUGGAGCGUCGAAAAUCUGGACCUGUUCUACCGAGAGCUCUGGAAUUUUAGCGGGCUCGUGACGUCGAAACCGCCGCUGGCAGUCGCCAACUCGCUCGCCGCCAUGUGGCCGCGGCCACAAUGGUUUCCCGGAGCCGAGAUGAACUUCACCGAGAACGUGCUGGCGACCGGCCUCGCGGCUCAUCCAGAUAUGACUGCCGUCUCGGCCUGUCGUGAAGGGGGCACGGAAUGGAGACACCUGAGCUGGCUACAACUACGAGACCAGGUCGCUCUUUAUGCCAGUGCACUCCAAAAUGCUGGCGUGGGGAAAGGGGACCGCGUUGCGACGGUCGUGACCAAUUCCCUCGAGGCCAUACUGAUUGCGCUCGCUUCCGGUGCCAUCGGAGCUAUCUUCUCGUCCACGUCGCCAGACACAGGACCCAAGGGCAUCGUCGAGAGGUUUGCCCAGAUUCAACCCAAAAUCCUAUUCGUCGAGUCUCAGGUGUUAUAUGCGAGCAAGAGAAGAAAUCUAAGGGAGCGUCUUAGUGCUGCUGUCGACGAACUCAAGACCAAGGUCACUGGCCUGGACAAGAUUAUCGUCAUCAAUGAUCCUGCGUGGAAGAAAAGCGGACUGCGCGGCGGCCUCCUACGGAAUAUUGAUUUGACUUUGGAUGCUUCUGUAGAAUCCCGCUUGAGAGGUUCCUCGAAGCGCCUGCUCGACCUCUCAAGUUUGUCCAAGUACCUUUUGAUCAUCCAAUCUACAUCCUAUUCACGUAAGUUGCCUCAGUUCAAUUAUCUUGGGAUCGAAGCAACCCCGAAAGAAACGAAUCCAGCUGACACGGUCUGGCUAACAAUGAACAGUUCUGGAACUACAGGUACCCCUAAAUGUAUCUGCCACUCUGGAGGAGCAGUUCUUCUGAAAAACAAGCUAGAUCUGGCCUUGGGCAUCGAUAUGGGCAUUGACUCAACAUAUUACCAAUACACCACUAAAAACGACAGAAAGCUAACUCUCCACACCUCCGACCACCAGACUGGCUGGAUGAUGUGGAACAUGCUCAUCGGUGCUCUGAGUCUCGGAUCGAGGAUUGUUCUUUACGAUGGGAGUCCUCUGCAUCCAACUCCUUCCUUUCAACUCAGUCUCCUUGAAAGCCAAGGGGUAACUCAUUGGGGCACCAGCCCAAAAUUCCUCGCUGGGCUCAGAAGUGACCCAGAGAGUAGUGGUAUCGCAAGACGUCUGGAGAGUCUCCAAAACGUCCUUGUAUCUGGCUCUCCCCUAAGUACUAGUCUCGCCGCUUGGUUCUACGCCGAUAACUUCCAACGGCACGUAGGUCUGCAUAAUGCUUCCGGUGGUACGGAUCUCGUUGGUGGUAUCGUCGGUGGGAAUAGCCUCUCGUCCGUUGUUGGGAGCGAGAUGGCCGCAGCCACCCUUGGAAUUAAGGUAGAGAUCUGGAAUGGAGACGGCAAAAACACAGUGCCCUCGGGGGAAAUUGGAGAGCUUGUCAUCACAAAGCCUUUUGUCAGUAUGCCGGUCAAGUUCUGGGGAGAUGAUGCCACAGGUAACAGGUACUUUGAUACCUAUUUUUCGCUAUACCCAGGCGUUUGGAGCCACGGCGAUUUGAUAUCGAGGAAUGUCGCGACAGGAGGCUAUUCGAUACACGGCCGCAGUGAUGGAGUCCUCAACCCAGGAGGUAUUGACGGGUGCCCCAUCCUCCGGGCCCUACCAGUGGUGCUCGUACGUGUCCGCUUCGGUACGGCCGAGUUGUACGACGUGGUCAGUCGAUUUCCCGAGAUCGAGGACUCUGUUGUCGUGAGCCAACGGGUUCGCCGCUGCCAACAAAAUGGUGAAAGCGACAUAGAAGAUGAAAGGGUCGUCAUGUUUAUCAAGAUGAAGAGCCCCGGUGACGCCUUGGACGACUCGCUGAGAUCUAGAAUCGCCGAGGAAAUCCGCAGAACGCUCAGCGCCAGGCAUGUUCCCGAGGAAAUGUGGCAGGUGAAGGAUAUACCCUGUACGAUGAACGGGAAGAAGAUUGAGAAGGUUGUCAAGGCUCUUGUCGCUGGAGAGAAAGUGACCAUGAGAGGUUCGAUUGCGAAUCCGGAGUGCCUAGAGGAGUAUGUUAAGUUUAGCACGCCCGGAAAACUAAUGGCUCGUCUGUAA